GCCCUUGAUUUUUGGUAGCCUGAAACCCUUCCUGCCCGUUGGUUUUAGUUUUCCAUCUACAGCACCUUCGCCUCCCGCUUCUUCUAUGCAUUCGAAAAUUGAUUUAUAUACAUCUGAGAUAGAUUAGAUUCAAGCCUCUCAGUGCUAAUCGCUAUUUGUGACUCUUGCUCUCUCGUACUUUUGCUCUGAGUCGUCGACAAACGAGAGAGGAAGCUACAGCGAGAGAAACCGCGUUUUUUGAUUUUAGAGAGUCAAACCCUACUUGAUUUCUCUGUCUUCUCGGGUCUAUCGUGCUGUUUCGUUCCAAUAUAAGCAUUGCAGUUGGGAGGAAGAUGGCCAUGGAGAUUACUCAGUUUCUUUUGGCUGCACAAUCAGCUGAUGCCAGAGUCCGGAAUGAGGCAGAAAAUACUCUUAGGCAAUUCCAAGAGCAAAACUUGCCUCUUUAUCUUCUGUCUCUGUCAGUUGAGCUUGCAAAUAGUGAGAAACCUAAUGAAUCUCGUAGAUUAGCUGGUAUUGUACUAAAAAACUCCUUAGAUGCAAGAGAUGCUAUUAGAAAGGAACAUCUUGUUCAGCAGUGGAUGGCGAUUGAUAUUUCGAUAAAGUCUCAAAUUAAAAAUUUGCUUUUGAGCACUUUAGGAUCAUCUGUUCUGGAGGCUAGACAUACUUCUGCACAAGUAAUUGCCAAAGUUGCUUCAAUUGAGAUUCCUCAGAAGCAAUGGCCAGAACUCAUUGGAUCACUGCUUACUAAUAUGACACAGCAAGAUAAUUCUGCAGCAUUGAAACAGUCAACCUUGGAAACCCUUGGAUAUGUCUGCGAGGAAAUAUCCCAUCAGGACCUCAUCCAAGAUGAGGUGAACCAUGUUCUUACAGCUGUUGUUCAAGGCAUGAACCUUGCUGAACACAGUCCUGAAGUUCGUCUUGCUGCAACAAAAGCUUUAUGCAAUGCUCUGGAAUUUGCACAGACUAACUUUGAAAAUGAAAUGGAGAGGAACUACAUCAUGAAGAUGGUCUGUGAAACAGCUUUGGCCAAGGAGGCAGAGAUCAGACAGUCCGCUUUUGAGUGUCUUGUUUCAAUCGCAUCAAUGUAUUAUGAAGUGCUUGAACCUUACAUGCAGGCCCUCUUUGAGCUAACAUCAAAUGCCGUGAAAGGAGAUGAAGAGAGCAUUGCUCUCCAAGCAAUUGAAUUCUGGAGUUCCAUAUGUGAUGAAGAGAUAGAUGCACAAGAGGUCGAUUUUCCUGAUGGUGAGGAUUCUGGACCUUCUCAUUCCCACUUUAUAGAGCAGGCUCUGCCUUCCCUAGUUCCUAUGUUGUUGGAAACUUUGCUGAAGCAAGAAGAGGAUCAAGACCAGGAUGAUAGCAACUGGAAUAUAUCCAUGGCGGGCGGGACAUGUCUGGGUCUUGUUGCUAGAACUGUUGGGGAUGCUAUUGUACCCCUGGUAAUGCCAUUUGUGGAGGCUAACAUAUCAAAGCCAGAUUGGCGUUGUCGUGAGGCAGCUACAUAUGCAUUUGGCUCGAUCCUUGAGGGCCCAACUGUUGAAAAGCUAUCCCCUCUGGUAAAUGCAGGCUUGGAGUUUCUGCUUAAUGCAAUGAGAGAUCUAAAUAAUCAUGUCAAGGAUACAACUGCUUGGACUCUCAGUCGUAUUUUUGAGUUCUUGCACAAUCCCGCUGGUGGGUUUUCUGUAGUUUCCCCUGCGAGCCUCCCAAGGCUUCUGUCUGUGUUGUUGGAGAGUAUUAAGGAUGCUCCCAAUGUAGCUGAGAAAGUUUGUGGGGCAAUAUAUUACCUUGCCCAGGGUUAUGAGGAUUCUGUUCCGAGCUCUUCUCUUCUCACUCCGUGCCUGCAAGGCAUCAUUGCUUGUCUGCUAGAAACUGCUGAUCGCACAGAUUGCAGUGACUCUAAACUUAGGUCAUCUGCCUAUGAAACCUUGAAUGAAGUUGUGAGAUGCUCCAAUAUUGCUGAAACAGCUGGUACAGUACAACAGUUGCUCCGAGUCAUCAUGGACAGGUUGGGGCAGACUGUAAGACUUCAGAUUGUAUCUUCGGAUGAUCGGGAGAAGCAGGGAGACCUGCAAGCUUCUCUCUGUGGUGUUCUACAGGUUAUUAUUCAGAAGCUUAGUAGUAACGAUGCUACAAAGUCCACUAUUCUCCAGGCUGCUGAUGAGAUCAUGAUGUUGUUUCUUGGUGUGUUUGCUUGUCGGAGCUCCACUGUGCAUGAGGAAGCAAUGCUUGCUAUUGGUGCAUUGGCUUACGCCACUGGAUCAGAGUUUGAGAAGUAUAUGUCAGAGUUUUUCAAAUAUUUGCAGAUGGGAUUGCAAAAUUUUGAGGAGUACCAGGUUUGUGCCAUUACGGUUGGGGUGAUUGGUGACAUUUGCCGUGCCCUAGAUGACAAGAUUCUGCCAUUUUGUGAUGAGAUCAUGGGCCUCCUUGUCAAUGAUCUCCAAAGUGGUGAACUAAACCGCUCUGUCAAGCCUCCAAUAUUCUCUUGCUUUGGAGACAUUGCUCUUGCCGUCGGAGAACACUUUGAGAAGUAUGCACAUGUUACCGUCGAAAUGAUGAAACAAGCUGCAGCCAUAUGUGACCAAAUGGACACCAGUGAUGAUGAGUUGAUUGAUUAUGUCAACCAGCUCAGGCGUAGCAUCUUCGAAGCCUAUUCUGGUAUGCUUCAGGGAUUCAAGAAUGGGAAGUCUGAGGUAAUGUCGCAGCAUGCUGCUCAUAUCUUGCAGUCCAUAGACUCAACUAUCAAAGACAAUCAAAGGGAUGAGAGUGUGACAAAAGCUGCAGUCGCGGUGAUGGGUGAUCUUGCAGAUGCUCUUGGCCCAAACCUAAGGAUACUUCUCAAAGACCGCGCAGUUUAUAUUGAUUUCCUGGGUGAGUGUCUGCAGUCUGAUGAUGAACAGCUCAAGGAGACUGCUGUUUGGACCCAGGGGAUGAUUGGAAAAGUCAUGGUUUCAUGAGAUAAAUUCAGGUUCUUUUCUGUGAAGAAAGUUUGUUGCAUAUGUCAGUUUUCCUUUUUCCUUUUCUGUGGAAACUUAAUAGUUCUGGUAGAAUAGUGUGUUGGGGGAACUCAAGGGUGGGCUUAUGUAAUCACUAUAAUUAUAAUGGGGAUGUGAGUUGAUCUUCUGGAUUUCUCUUAGUUCCACUCUUUUUGUGACGUGAUUGUCUAAUGCUGAACAGUUUAUUUUGAUAAGCAACUAUGACCCUUCUCUUCAUGAA